GAUGAAGAAGAAGCUGAUUAUUGAUGUGGACACUGGGGUGGACGAUGCUCAGGCCAUCAUGGUGGCCCUUGCGGCCCCCAAUGUUGAGAUUUUGGGGAUCACCUGUUGCUUUGGCAACACCCCCCUGGAGAAUGCCCUCAAGAACACACUGCGUGUCCUGAAAGUCUGCAACAGGCUGGAUAUCCCGGUGUAUCGAGGCUGCUCAGAGCCUCUCCUGGCCAAAAAACGCCAAGCUGGGGAUUAUCUGUUAAUGUACAAUCUUUAA